AUGUCCGAAAUAAAUUUAAUCUGUAAUUAUAAAAAAUGUCGUAAGGCUUUAAACACAUUUGCAUGGGUAACGAGUUGUUCACAUAUAUUUUGCAACAAUGAUGGUAGUCGAACAUUUAAUCGUGAAAAAAAAUGUCCUUGCUGUAACGAAGUCCUUAAUAGACGGUUGGACAUAGUUCAGGUUAACUUAAAUCCAGACGAAUCUUUUAAAUCUAUGAUACUUUGUGGCUUAAGACCAGAAGUUGUAAUGGACAUAUCAUUACGAGCAGUGUCUUUUUGGAAUUACCAAAUGACCCAAGAAAAAAUUAUUCAGACUAGUGAUAUGAAAAAGCUUCAAGCUAAAUUUGAACAGGUUAAAAUUAAUAUAGAAACCAUGGAGUAUCAAUUUCAAAAGCACAUUUUAAUUGAAACAAAAACAGCUUUGAGAGAUGCUGAAUUACAAAGACAAAAAACUCAAGAAAUAGAAGAGAAACUAAUCGAAAAGAAUAGAAUCUUGCAUAAAGUUCAGUCCAAGUAUGAGUCUCUCAAACUUCAACUUAUUUCUAAUACAAUUAAAUCAACAAAAACAGAACAAAUUCCUAUGGCCCAACUUCAACCUAAAGCAUUUGAAGGUCAAACUGAAUUUGUAUUUGCACCAAAUUUUGAUUAA